AUGAAGGCUGACGGCCUCGUAAUACUGAUCCUGCAUUGUUCAAUGGUGUCCAGGUUUAGCAACUCCGAAAGGCUUUUCCAUAGGAGGGAUCAAUCAGAUAUGGAACCAUCUAAUCUGCAGCAAGCCGAGCUGGUCACAGACUUCGCCUCAGCACAGCAAUAUUUGUCAAAAUAUGGCUGGACAGAGCCAGUCAGGUGGGAAGACACAGUCACUAAAGAUAAUGGACACCAGCAAGACAUUCAUCCAAUGCAAGAGGCGACAGCCAACUUGGGGAAAAGGUCACCCGAGCCAACAAAAAGUUCUCAUUUCGUAGAAGCACUGAAAAAAUUUCAAAAGCUGAAUAACUUACCAGUAACUGGAAGGCUGGAUGAUGUCACCAUUAAUGCCAUGAAUAAGCCAAGAUGCGGUGUUCCUGAUAACCAGGCGUUGAAAACCAUCCAGGAAAAGCCAAAUUUGGUCGAAAUUACGAGCAAAAUCAACUCAACGAAGAACAUCACAAACCAGGGUGACGGGGCUCCAAAGAAACGUUCCAAGAGGUUCCUGGACCAAUUAAUGUUCUCAGACAAAUAUAGGAAAGAACAAGAAGCGUCUCAGGGUGCUGGAGGCAAGGUAUUCAGCAAAAAGCUCCUGAAAUGGCGCAUGAUUGGGGAAGGAUACAGCAACCAGCUUUCUAUAAGUGAGCAGAGAUACGUCUUUAGGCUAGCCUUCCGCAUGUGGAGCGAGGUCAUGCCUUUGGACUUUGAAGAAGACAGUACCUCACCUUUAUCACAAAUUGAUAUCAAGCUGGGCUUUGGACGAGGGCGGCACUUGGGAUGCACCAGGGCAUUCGACGGAUCGGGCCAGGAGUUUGCCCAUGCCUGGUUUCUUGGAGAUAUCCAUUUUGAUGACGAUGAACAUUUUACCGCUCCAAGCAGUGACAACGGGAUCAGUCUGCUGAAAGUUGCAGUUCAUGAAAUCGGCCAUGUCCUCGGACUAUCGCACAUCCACAGGACGGGAUCAAUAAUGCAACCCAAUUACAUCCCCCAGGAGUCAGGCUUUGAACUGGACUGGUCUGACAGGAAAGCGAUACAGAACCUGUACGGGUCAUGUGAAGGUCCUUUUGACACGGUGUUUGAUUUUGUGAGAAAGGAGAGGAACCAAUAUGGAGAGAUGGCGGUACGCUACAACACGUACUUCUUCAGGAACAGCUGGUACUGGAUGUACGAGAACAGGAACAACAGGACACGCUAUGGAGACCCCAUUGCUAUAUCAUCCGGGUGGCAAGGCAUUCCCGCAGAGAACAUCGAUGCCUAUGUUCAUGUAUGGACCUGGACCAAGGACAUCCACUACUUCUUUAAAGGGACUCUGUACUGGAGAUACGACAAUGAAAAUGACAAAGCCUUCUCUGAAGACACUCAGGGGAAGACCUACCCCAGGCCGAUUUCUCAAAGUUUCCCUGGAAUCCCCAGCCCAAUUAACACAGCCUACUUCGACAGGAGAACUCAGAGAAUUUACUUCUUUAAAGACUCCCAGGUUUUUGCCUUUGAUAUGAACAGAAACCAUGUGGUUCCGAGUUUUCCGAAGAGAAUCGUGGACAGCUUUCCCGCCGUUGUUCGAAACAACCAUCCCAGCACGACCCUGGACGCCGCGUAUUACUCCUACAGCCACAAAUCCCUCUUCCUCGUUAAAGGGAAGCACUUCUGGAGAGUGGUCAGUGACCAAGACAGGCGGACCAAUCCUUCUCUGCCCCUCAAUGGGCUCUUCCCCCGGCAAGCCAUCUCAGAGCAGUGGUUUGAUAUAUGUAGUGUACACGCAUCGUUGUUAAAACUGUGA